CCUCACUUAAAACCCGUUUCAUUCCCACUCUUCCCGCACUGGCACUUCUUUUGGCUGCGGCUGGCCACGACGGCGGAUUCCGGUGACGGAGAAACACGCAAGGAAUUGAGCAGUUUGGUUUCUAUUUGUGGUCAGAAUUUGGACUGAUUGACCACUUGAUCGGGGUUGUUUGACAACUUGCAUUAAGCUUUUUUACACUAUAUAUCAAAGCAUUUGGUGAAGUGGAUAAAGAAGAAAGAAAUCAAUAUCUAAAAUGGUUGUUAGACUUCGGUUAUCAAGGUUUGGAUGCAAAAACAAGCCAUUUUAUCGAAUUAUGGCUGCUGAUAGUAGGUCUCCUAGAGAUGGGAAACAUUUGGAAGUCUUAGGUUAUUACAAUCCAUUGCCAGGACAAGAUGGUGGUAAACGAAUGGGUCUGAAUUUUGAUCGAGUGAAGUAUUGGUUAUCUGUAGGUGCCCAACCUUCAGAACCUGUUCAACGUAUUCUCUUUAGGGCAGGGCUUCUACCACCACCACCAAUGCUUGCAAUGGGCCACAAAGGUGGACCCCGUGAUACCCGUCCAGUUGAUCCUUUAAGUGGACGCUUUGUGACCCCUGCAAAGCCUGCUGAUGGUGAUCAGGUCAAAGAAGUAGACAGUGAAGGGAGCGAUGUAGAAGAUGACAAGUCUUGACUCAUGAUGGACCCGGCUAUUCUUGGAUCUAUGUUUCCUGGGGGGGUGGGUGGGAGGGUUGUUUCAGCUUCUUUAUUUCCUAAUCUCACACUAAGGAUGGGCUUAAUUUUGCAACCUUGUGAGAACUACUAUAAGCCAAAGCACAUCUUAGUUCUAUAAAAGAUGAUAUUUUGAAGGAUUUUUUUUUUCUGCCUGCUAGUAAGAGUUUGGCGGCUUGGUAGAGAAUUUGAUACUUCCAAUCCAGGGGGAUUAUGGUAGUUCAGCUUUUUAGAUCUUGAUUCUAAAAUCGUCCUUAUCUAUGCAGAAGAGACUUCAGGUUUCCUAUUCCUUACACGAUCCAUUCUUUUCCUUUUGAUAAGAAGGAAUAUCUUUCAUUAUCUAUGUUGCCACACUGUGAAGUUAUUAUACAUAAUGCAUCAUCGUAGGGCAGUUAAUGACCUGCCAACAUCCAACGAUCUUACCUCCCAUUGCUUUUGUAUCAGACGGUUUACAUGUAUUUGUAUUGUUAUUUUGCUAUAUUCGACCUUAUUAAA